GUGCUUCGCAGGAAUCCGAUCUGUGUUCAUCUCCUAUGAUAGUCGCGUUUGAAUUGAUAAGUGUACCAAUUGUCCCAUUUUUGGUAAAUUUAAAGCCGAGAAAGUCAAAAUGCUGUCAGUUCUCCUGUCGCUCCUUGUACUUGGCACGGUCGUUGGCGAAUAUCAUGAGAUAACCGUGCCGUGCCAAACCACCGAGCAGUGCAUCUCGUUCCCGAAGAUGCCACCGGAUGCAAUUUGCGAUGACUUCGUUUGCAAGUGCUUCGACGAGAACCGGGAAAUGAGGAAGGACUGUCCAGGAAUGGGCCCCGCCAUCGCAAUGCAAGGCAGAGCAUCAGGUUCUCUCGUGGGACGAACAUGCACCAGGAAUGACGAUUGCAACCUGGCGAACGGCUUUUGCGACUCUAUCCUGAAAGUGUGUACCUGCAGGACAGGCUUCGUCAAGAGCGGCGACUCUCGGAGAUGCCUUAAAGGUGUUAAGUCCCUGGGGUCCUCGUGCCAGGAUGACGAACAGUGCAAGGUGAUCAUUGAUAACUCUCGAUGUGCAGAUGGACAAUGCAAAUGCUUGGAAAAAUACCACUUCCUGGAGGAUACCUGCUGGAAAACGAUAGAGUUUGGCGAGGAGUGCAUGCUGUCACAGGAGUGCGCCCACGUGGCCGAGGCGGAGUGCAACAUGCACGACCGGAAGUGCACGUGUCCACUGGGCUCGGUGAUCAGCCAGGAUGGACGUAGAUGUUUGCCGAGUGUGUGGAAAAUCGAGAGCGAAUGUGCCGAGUCGGUACAGUGCUUGCAUCUUCUCGGGGCAGAGUGCAUCGACAAGAUCUGCCGCUGCAGAAGUGGCCAGCACUUCGAUGUGUCUACAGACAGAUGCGUCGUCACCAAGGGUCUCGGCGAGAACUGCGAGGGCAACCACGAGUGCUACCAGGACGACUCCUCGGACCCGAAGAGCCUGAGCUGCAUAGCCGGCACCUGCAUCUGCUCCGAGGGUUUCUACCGAGAGGAGGGGAAAUGCGUGGCCGGGGCGAACGCGGCCACGGCGUCGGCGGUGCUCCUCUUGCUCUCUUUGCUGGCGCUCUUCUCCCACUCAUCCUGAAGAGAUCCGAGCAGGACUCGGAGGAGGGUCAUUGCGCUCCCCUGCCGGGCCGACGACGCGCAAUUUCAAGACCCAGAGAACGCCGGCUCGAUUACGGGAUCGAAUCGCUCUCCGUGGGACCCAGAGGCAGGAUUUCUGGUCCCGGUCCAGGGAAGCUGCGAACUCUUCGAGAGAUAUCCUUCGUGUAGUCCUCUCGGGUGCUCCGAUCCGGGCACAGGUGCGCCUGCCCACGAGUUCGCUUUAAUUUUAUAAUCGCAUGUGUACAGUUUAUACAAGAGUUCAGGAUUAAAUCUAACGACGUGUUUUUAAA